UAUAUAUAUAUACAGACACACACACACACACACAUUGAUCACCUCUCCAAAACCUCCAAACAACCAUUCAAUGCCUUCCUUGAUGGACCCUCCGGUCCUCAUGACCUUGCUCCGUCAAUCAACAGAAACCAACACCGUCACCGGCACCGGCAAGAGACAAAAGAAAGGCAGUGGAGUCACCGGUGUCGGAAUCCUGAAAAUGUUCAAGUUACUCCCCAUGCUAACUACUGGCUGCAAAGUAGCUCAACUCCUCAACAAAUCAACUAAAGCUCUUCUCUCUGAUACUCCAACAACAACCAUCACUCUCUUCGGUUACCGGCGAAGCAAAGCCAGCCUUGCCAUCCAAGAAGACCCAAGAUCAUCACCGGUGUUCCUCAUUGAGCUUCCCAUGCACACUAGUUAUCUCCACAAAGAGAUGUCUUCUGGUUUGAUGAAGAUUGCACUGGAGAGUGAGACUAGAAGUAACAAAAAGAAGCUAAGAGAGGAACAUGUUUGGGCAGUGUAUUGUAAUGGCCGGAAGUCAGGCUACUCAAUAAGGAGGAGAGAGGCGUCCGACGAGGAGAGAUACGUCAUGUCCAUGCUCCGGUGGGUGUCUGUGGGGGCCGGAGUGCUUCCCGGGCCGGCAGAAGGGGAGACAACAACGGCGGCUGCGGUGGCAGACAGUGAGUUGACGUAUAUAAGAGCUCGGUUUGAGAAGGUUGUUGGGUCUAAAGACUCCGAGGCGCUUUAUAUGAUCAACCCCGAUGGGUCUGCCGCCGGCGCCGCCGGGCCGGAGCUCAGUAUAUUUCUUGUAAGGAAGAAGUGAACUUAAUUGCUUGUUUGUUUUGCUUUUGUUGUUGGGUAUGGAAACAAGUUUGUAUACGUAUGUAUAUGUAUUUGUAUAUGUAUGUCUAUGG